CCGCUCCGCCCGCCCGCCCGGGGCCGCCCUCCCUCGGUCCCCGGCCGCCGCCGCCCCGAUGAGCUCGUACUUCGUGAACCCGCUGUACUCCAAGUACAAGGCGGCGGCUGCGGCGGCUGCGGCCGCGGCCGCGGCGGGCGAAGCCAUCAAUCCCACUUACUACGACUGUCACUUCGCGCCUGAGGUCGGCGGCCGCCACGCCGCCGCUGCCGCCGCCGCCUGCCAGCUCUAUGGCAACAGCGCCGCCGGCUUCCCGCACGCACCCCCGCAGGCGCACGCGCACCCGCACCCGUCGCCACCGCCCGCGGGGCCGGGUUGCGGUGGUGGGGGCGUCCCGGGCCCGGGCCAAGACUACUUCCACCCCGGUGGGGGCCGCCCGGCCGCAGCUUACCAGGCCGGCCCCCCUCCUCCUCCGCAUCCUCCGCCUCCGCCGCCGCCUCCCCCCUGCGGCGGGAUUGCCUGUCACGGGGAGCCCGCGAAGUUUUACGGAUACGAUAACUUACAGAGACAGCCGAUUUUUACGACCCAGCAAGAGGCCGAGCUGGUACAAUAUCCUGACUGUAAAUCGUCCAGUGGUAAUAUUGGCGAGGACCCAGACCACUUAAAUCAGAGUUCGUCUCCUUCUCAAAUGUUUCCCUGGAUGAGACCACAAGCAGCUCCUGGUAGACGAAGAGGAAGACAAACCUACAGUCGUUUCCAAACCCUGGAGCUGGAAAAGGAAUUCCUUUUUAACCCUUAUCUGACCAGAAAGAGAAGAAUCGAGGUUUCCCACGCCCUAGCCCUCACCGAGAGACAGGUAAAGAUCUGGUUCCAGAACAGGAGAAUGAAAUGGAAAAAGGAGAACAACAAAGACAAAUUCCCGGUUUCUCGACAAGAGGUGAAGGAUGGGGAAACUAAAAAGGAAGCCCAAGAGCUGGAGGAAGACAGAGCUGAAGGCCCAACGAAUUAAAUUCGACCUUUAAAAUUCUACCUUUGACUAUUAAAGCUAAUGAUCAACAUAUGCUGGUGGACAUCACCUAUUUUCUUUGUUGGAAAGACUUUACGUGUAUUUCAAGCUACCUUCAUGUCACUGCUCUUGAGGUUUCUGCGCUUUGAGAGGGAUUUGGGUGUUUAAAAAAGUUUCUAGUGUGGUAUAGAAGCAGCACUUGAGCUGUCCUAUAUAAGGGUAAUUUGAUCCUACCUUCUAGUGAUAUUUUUAUAAUGGUAGUUUUUAAUGUUUGGGCUGGUGAUUUGCCUCAACAACAUAAACUUCCUAAUGAUUAGCACUAAAUAAUUGAAUAUAAAAUGCUUUAUUAAUCAAACAAGUGCACUUGAACAUUUUGAAUCUUUUCUUUAUGGUGAGUAAAUUAAAAGAAGUCUAUUAAUUUUUAAAAAAAAUUAUGCCUGCAGAAUAUUUACUUUGAUUAAAAUGUAUUAUUUAUGUUUUUUUCUUCUGCUUUUGUAAUAAUGGUUCGGGUGCCUUUUGUUUACUCCUAAAAGGUUUCUUUAUUUUGUAAAUGUAGUAUCUCUGGGAAAAGUCUGGGCCAAAUAUUUGAAAAGCACAUGUUAGCUGAAGAGUGUAAUGUGUAGUCCCGGCUCUGCAGCUUCCUUAAACUUGGGGAAAAUGUUGGGCCAGUGACAAAAGUUUCAGGGCAAUGUCAAAGUUGACAUUUAAUGAUUUUUCUGUAAUCUAUACAAAUUAUGGCAAUGUAAUCAUCUAGAGUGAAUGAAUACUUGAAAAGCCAGUUAUAACAUUUUCACUCAUUAACUUUUCACUCUGGCAAGUCGCUUUGUGGAAUGCCUCUGCUUUCUCAACUUGCUUUCGUUUUGGUGUUCCCUGAAUGCUAGGUGUCUAUACUGUGGCCACCGCUGUGAUUCCGUUUUUUUUGAGUAGGUGCCAUAUUUAUUUGUAUUCCCUUCGCUUUGUUUGCACGCCCAUUUUGAGCCAACUUGCAGUGUGUGUCUCAGAUGUCGGUUGGUACGUCCUCUGUUGUUCUCCAGGAUGGUUUCACCUAUUUGAAACAAGCCCUGAGAGCAAAUGCAGAAAAACCCGAGUGUAAACAACCGCUCCAGAAUUUAGCUAGCUCCUUAAUAAAGAAAUGAAUCUUUUUCUAGAGCUAGUGUCUUUGAGCGCCGCAAAUAACUCUUUUCCUGAGUCAGGAACAAUUGCCUGGGCUCACAUGAAGGCAAUGUCCCGCUAAAGCUUCUAUUUGAUAAAAAAAGAGGUGGGGGGUUACAUGCACCCACACUAUAAAAAUACAUGAAUAAAUGUAGGGGAGGGGGCGCUUUCUUUCAUUCCAGAGAGGACUGGCUAGGCUAUCCUCGCUUUAUUUUGCUCUAAGUAACCCUGCUAAGAUACUGUGAAAGCUUUGAACUUCACAAAGGACUCGAGUUGUAGGCCCAGUGAGGGACAACCCGGAGCCAGGUUACACCACAGCUUAUUCCGCUGAGCCCACACUGAUGCUGGGGUUUGGGAUCUGUUAUUAACAAGAUAUCCAUUUUCCAUUCGAGGCUGCUCCUGCAGCUGCCAUUUUAUGAGAGAAAAGGAGGGGGAAGAGGGGCAGGAGAGAACAAGAAAUUCAAGUAAACCGUCAUUUCUCCCUGCAAAAGGGAAAGCACCUUUAUCAGGUAGACAUUGAAGAGCUCUCUGCUUUUUCUAGAUGCAUUUAUUUUUAAAGAGGUACAUUUUAAUUUCCAGAGUGGCAUUUAUUGCAGAGGUAAGAAAAUGGAAUCCUAGAAAAUGGAAUUAGGCCUAGAUCACCCCCUCAGGCAUUGGCGGGCUGUUUAUAUGCCACUUUAAGGACCAGGGAAAUGUUGGCAUUGAUUAGGCCAGUGGCAAAGCACCAUCUGACUUUCUAUCCAUGGAAGAGGCUGUGGCUGUGGCAUUAGCUGACCUGAGCCAGGAAAGACAAUUUUAAGUCACGGGUGGCUCAGGGCUUAAGAAACAUUUGCACGAGGGGAGACAGCUGCAAACGUGCAUGCUGGAUUUGGAAACGUUUCGCUCUGUGUGCUGCCUGAGACUCUGCUGUUGGCUGACACACAGCAAGGAUGCCAAGUACCUUAAAGGAUGGCUAAGGAACAGCCUGGGGGUGGGAGGACAGUAAGCUAGCCAGAAACUGGUGCUGGCUAAAUUCCCGCUGCCCUCCAUUUAAAGGAUUCCUCUAUUAGCAAAAUUGCUGCCUCAAGAAUACUCCCCCAAUAUUACUUUUAGAGCCACUGAUUUGGGCAAAACUCUACCAGAUGGGGGACCUGGUGUGUGGAUGGAUGAAAUAAUGGAAGGAAGGGGACGUAAAAAUGUCCUUAUUUCCUCUGUGUUCUGUGCU